AUGCCGCCCCCAGAGAAGAGCCGAGGACCCGCCGCCCGGCCGCCCGCGGGCCGCGCUCCAGGGCGCCUGCCGGGCCUGCUGUCGCCAGCGCUGCUGUGCGCCUGCGGCCUGUGCGUGCUGCUGGCGGGCGUGAACGUGACGCUGGUGGGCGCCUUGGCCUCCUUCUCGCACCGGAGCAACGCGCCGCUCGUGGUGGGGCCGGCGCUACUGGCACUGGCCCUCGGCUGCUUCGCCGCCUGCUGCGUGUGUAGCCGCCGGGGCCCCGCGCUCCGUCCGCGCUCGGCGGCGACCUCGGGCUCGGGCCGGGGCGGCGGCGGCGGCGGCGGCGGCGGGCCGGUGGCGCUGGAGAUGGAGAGCAGCGAGCGCACCGCGCAGGACACCACGGCCGUGCAGCUCAGCCCUGCCGCCUCGGCCGCGUCCUCGGGCAGCUCCAGCCCCGGCCCCUUCGCGCUGGACGCCCCCGCGCCCGCAGCAGUCUACGCGCCGCGCACUGAAGGCGUCCAGCUCAACCUGCCCCGGGAGCGCGUCGCCCCCUAGCGGAGCGCGUGCCGGGCCCGACUCCCAGUCUGGGCUCCCUCCCUUGGUGCCACUUAAGGAAAGAGAGGACUGGGAGAGAGGAAGGAAGAGAAGAAGAAGAAAAGUGAAAUUUUUCUGUAUGGGUCCGAUGCUGGGCACAGAUGGCCGCAUCUGUCCCAUGUCUGGAACUUCUGGAGGGGAGAACGACAGUGAAGAGGCACACUCACCAAAGGAGGGAGCAGUGCCUUGGCCCUUUCAGUGGGGUCGACUGGGCCCUACUUUAACCCACUCCCCAGACUCGAUGAAAUAGGCCCCUGGACCUUCCAUCCCCACCCCCCGCCGCCGCCACCCAUGGCACGUGGGCACUGUGAAUGGAGCCACUCUGAGAGGGGACGAACUCCCAGCAAGGUCCCUGACCCCAAGGGGUGGGAGGAAGCAGGGCCAGAGAAGAAUGUCAGCCUGGGCUGUCUGCUCUCCCCUCGCACUGUGAAAGGCCACCAGCUUCCCCUUCUGCUCCUCCCUGCUCUCCUUGUCUCUGCCCCCAACAUGAUCUUUUGGGAUUAAGGAGCAGGGGCCCUGAUUUGAGCCAGGAUAGUCUCCUAAGGCAGAGCGAGGUUGAACAUCUGACUGGUAGAGCAGGGGGAGCUGGGGGUGAAGCAUGGACAGGGGUGAAUGAUGAGCAGGGUGGGCGCCUCCAAGCAGGAGGGCCUCAGUGUGGUCUGCACUGUGCCAUCCCGACAUCCCUCACUCUUCAAUAAAUCACC